AUGGCAGACCCUUAUGAAAUUGCGGGGUCGACAUACUCGUCCGACAAAGCCAUUGACAUUUUACAUGGUUAUCUAAAAGCUGACAACGCCAUGUCUUUGGAAGAAACUUCGCGGUCGAUCUUGGAACUGCUUCCCACAAAGGCCUCUCUGUCUACCGAAGUAUUUGGGUUUGGCGAGGAUUGCUUCGAGGUAGCCGAGUCGUCUUCCUACAGAGAAUCGACACAUCUCAAGGUAGCCAACCUGCUUGAGACCCUUGGGGAGUCAGGGAAGAUUUACCGAUUCCAGCGUCUGGGCGAAUCGUUGAGAGAGAAUUAUUCUUCUCCAGAUGAUAAGAACCCAGCGGAAUAUGUAAACUACAAUUCGUUUGUGGCUCAUUUCUAUGAGCGUCGUAUAUUUCCGACAAAUCCUACGUAUGCCAUAUGGGCGAUGCGUGCUGCCCUUGAGGAAGACCUGGCAAACGAAGAAAAAACAGUUCGAAGCGCGUACUUGUUAGGAGCGGCUCAGUGGCUCUUAUGGAAUGGACAGACUUUGUUCAAACUCAUCACUGACUCAAAUCUUCAUAAUAAUACGACAUCGGACGAUUUGCAACUGUGGAAACCUGGUCCUCUUUACCGCGGGAAAGGUAUUUUUGACCUCGAGAGAUGGCAAUUUUGGAAAUAUCGUUUUGCACAAGUCAUCAAAGAAUGUGAUGUUACCGACGAGUGCAAGGAGGUGACUGGCAAUGUUGUAGACUUGAUGGACUCAAUCGAAAGGACAACGCUCUUUUGA